AUGGAGGUUUUAGAAAAUAAACAAUUAGACCAAGAUGUAAAUGGAGAGGAUUAUAUUCAUGCUGACAUUUUAAGUCAGGAGAAAAUAUAUUUCACAUUCGAUUUGCCAGAAACUAGUGAUGCAGAAUCAGUAAGCGGCAUUGUUAUACCGCAAAGAAAACUUAUUGCACAAAAAGAUAGUCAAACUGUGAAAAAUUUUGAACAAAUAAUGGACAAUAGAGAAAACCUGGCACAACUACAUCGGAGCAAAAUUAGCUAUGAUAAAACUAAUAAUGUUCAUAAAAAAGAUUCAUUUAACAGGGCUGCAAAGGAACGCAGUAAAACUGUAUUUCCUGCAAAAAUUGCAAAUCAGGGCCAGGCACGAAAACUCAUUGGAAACCGAGCAGGCGCUAAACGCAAGAAUAUAUUUACUGAAUUUAUUGUAUCAGAAAGCGAAGAUGAAAUUCCUAUUAUUAAACCAAAAUUGUUUGGAUCUUCCAAAAACAAUAAACACCAGCAACAAAAAAAUUCAGCCCCACGUAAACUUCGAGAAUUUUCUCGAAGUCCUGAUAUAAUUGAUAUAAAAAUAGGUGGAUCGAAACUUUUUUACCAUCAUCUACAAUGGCUUCUGUAA